AUGCAUUCUCUACAGAAGACCUUAACAUUUAAUGGAUCACACUCAAAAAACUCAAUCAUAUACCGUUUAUUUCAAUCAUCUUCAUUUGGGAUUAACGCUCAUGAUCAAGCAGCACACAAAGGAAAAUUACUGCAUGCACACUUGAUCAUUAACGGCUUAACUCCUUCAAAACAUUUUGCCGCCAAACUCAUCUCGUUAUAUAUUGAAACUAAACAGUUAUGUUAUGCUCGUAAGGUGUUCGACAAUAUUCCUGAACCAAACAUCUACCGAUGGAUCGCCCUUAUCGGAGCUUACUCCCGACAUGGGUUUUAUCAGGAAGCAUUAAAUGUCUUCUAUGAAAUGCAAAACGAUAGAUUAAAACCUAACAAGUAUGUAAUUCCGAGUGUUCUUAAAGCUUGUGGUCAUGUGUUUGAUAUCCGAAUAGGAACGAUUUUACAUUCGAUGAGUUUGAGGCAUUCGUUUGAAGGUGAUGUUGUUGUGAACACUGCAUUAAUUGAUAUGUACGCGAAAUGUGGACAAGUUGAGAAUGGGAGAAAGGUGUUUGAUGGGAUGAAAGUGGAAGACUUGGUGGCAUUGAAUGCGAUGGUUUUAGGCUAUGCUCAACAUGGUUUUGCAAAGGAAGGAUUUUAUUUGGUCGAGCGAAUCCGAGAUAUUAAGCCGGAUUUAGUAACGUGGAAUAUCUUGAUUUCAGGAUUUGCACAAGGUGGCGACAGAGUAAUGGUUCAGAAGUUGUUUAAUUUGAUGUCGAAAAAUGGUGAAGAGCCUGAUGUGAUUUCUUGGACUUCAGUUAUUUCAGGAUUUGUGCAGAGUUUUCAUAAUGCGCCGGCUUUUGAUAUGUUUCGACAGAUGUUGGAACAUGGGUUUCAUCCCAAUUUUGCAACUAUUAGUAGCCUAUUGCCUGCCUGUGCGGCAACGGCGAAUUUGAGGUUUGGGAGAGAGCUCCAUGGAUAUGCAGUAGUGACCGGAGUUGAAGAAGAUGUUUAUGUGAGGACUGCUCUUGUUGACAUGUAUUCCAAAUGUUGUCUAAUAUCUGAAGCAAGGUUGGUGUUUUCUAAAAUGCAUGAAAGAAAUGCAAUUACCUGGAAUUCGAUGAUUUUCGGGUACGCGAAUCAUGGAUACUGCGACGAAGCUAUUGAGCUUUUCGUUCAGAUGGAAAAGACGGAGGGAAAGAAGAUCGAUCACUUGAGUUUCACAGCUGUUCUCACUGCCUGUAGUCACGGUCAACUGGUGGAACUCGGGCAGCGAUUAUUUCGUUUGAUGCAGGAGAAGUACAAGAUUGUUCCGAGAUUGGAGCAUUACGCGUGUAUGAUUGAUCUUCUUGGUAGAGCAGGAAAACUAUCCGAGGCGUAUGGUAUGAUUAAGACGAUGCCGAUAGAGCCUGAUUUGUUUGUGUGGGGUGCAUUGUUGGGAGCUUGUAGGAAACAUGGAGAAAUAGAUCUUGCUGAGAUUGCAGCUAGGCAUUUGGCUCAGCUUGAGCCUAAGAAUACUGCAAAUCAUAUGCUUUUGUCAAAUUUGUAUGCAGAUGUUGGCAGUUGGGAUAGUGCUGCAAAGUUUAGAAAGAGAAAAAGGUCUAAAUUAUUUUCAGCGUGCAGUUGGAUAGAGGCUGUUUGAUAAGUUUUUGAAGAAAUGGUGCUUAGAGAUGCGAGUGUGACCAUUCAAUUUGAACCACAAGGAACGAUUAUUCAAGUCGGAAUCAUCCUGAACCAAUCGUAUAGAGGAUCCCUAUUUCGGUGUCUGAGCGCUUUAACAGAACUUCAAAAAAAAAAUAUGUGGCUUGGUUUUGACU